AUGGCUCGUAGAAAAGCAGGAGUUCCUUAUCCUCUCAUGUAUGCAACGGCGGAAGAAUCAAAAAAUGAUUAUAAAAAAAUGAUUUUCAAUUGUCAUCAAAGAGCCCAUCUAGUAAGUAUUUUUAUUUCGCAAUAUAACAUUCAAUACAUUGCACAUUUCGAAGAUAUCGUUAUUAAUCGCUUAAAAUAUCCUAUUCUUUCAUCAAUUGGUGGUGGAAUUUUUAUCAUGGGUCGCUUAGUCUACGCUUGGGGUUAUCAAACGGGCGAUCCAUCCAAAAGACUUAGAGGGGCAUUUAGUUAUAUUGGUCUUUUCACAUUAGUUGGUACUUCCGUUGCUUCGGCCAUUA